GAGGGUGUUUCCAUAAUUUGUCAAAGUUUACGGGUGUAAAAACAAAACAAAACCACAGGGCUCGAGCAUUACGGGAUGAGGUGAGACCAUGGCACUGGCAGGCAUAAUACCCGUGCCGCGUAGCACCGUAACCAAGUACUUCGCAGGUUCUUCUCGACAAGCAAACCGCUUCCUCUUCUAUCUUGGGUUUUCCUCACCUGUUCCCACCAAUGUUCACAAACGCUCAAAACUUGUCUUCUGUUUAACCACCCAAGCUAAAAAGGAAGAGGUGUUGGUGGUUGUUGGCGGUGGAGCAGCAGGGGUGUAUGGAGCAAUUCAUGCUAAAACUGUGGCACCCAACCUCAGUGUAGUGGUUAUUGAGAAGGCAAAGCCUCUCACCAAGGUCAAAAUUUCUGGCGGAGGCCGCUGCAAUGUCACAACUGGCCAUUAUGCUGACAAUGUGAUUUUGGCAGAAAACUAUCCUAGGGGUCACAAGGAACUGAGAGGAUCUUUCUUCAAUUCGCACAGCCCUGUGGAUACCAUGUCUUGGUUUACCUCCCAUGGAGUGGAGCUGAAGAUUGAGGAUGAUGGUAGGGUAUUUCCUGUCAGCGAUAGUUCCUCUUCAAUAAUUGAUUGUCUCAUGUCUGAAGCAAAUAGAACAGGAGUUUCUAUGCAGACCAAAAAAACUGUAACAGGAGUGUCUAUUUUAUCUAAUGGGAAAUUCCUUCUUGAGGUUAAGCAACAACUAGCUGAUCAUGCUGAACAUGUCGAAGCUGAUUAUUUAUUGAUUGCUAGUGGUAGUACCCGACAGGGUUAUACUCUUGCAUCUCAGCUUGGACAUUCUAUAGUGGAUCCAGUGCCGAGCUUGCUUACAUUCAAAAUCGAAGACUUGCGUUUGAGGGAGUUGUCUGGGGUUACAUUCCCUAAAGUUAAAGUGAGACUAAAAUUGGAUAGCAUUCAAAGGAAUAUACCUGAGCUUGCACAGGUUGGACCCAUGUUAGUUACACACUGGGGACUCAGUGGACCGGCUAUUCUUCGGUUAUCUGCUUGGGGUGCUCGUUAUCUGUUUAGUUCAGGUUACAAAGGGAGACUUAUCGUGGAUUUUGUCCCUGAUCUCCAUCUAGAGAGUUUGAAGUCGCUUCUUACUCAUCACAAGCAUCAAUUUGCGAAACAAAAAGUACUCAAUUCAUAUCCUCCUGUAUUUGGCAUAUCAAAAAGAUUUUGGAGCUAUGUGUUGGAGCGGCAGGGUAUAAGUGGAGAUAUCCUAUGGGCUUCCAUUUCAAAUAGUUCAUUGAUGUCCGUCGGCUCUUUGCUAAAGGAAUGCAUGAUUGAAAUUACAGGCAAAGGUCAAUUCAAAGAUGAAUUUGUCACUGCUGGCGGUGUUCCCUUAUCAGAGAUUUCACUUAAAACGAUGGAAAGCAAAAUUUGCUCACAUUUGUUCUUCGCCGGAGAGAUACUGAAUGUUGAUGGAGUAACUGGUGGUUUCAAUUUCCAGAAUGCUUGGUCGGGAGGAUUUAUUGCAGGAACCACUAUUGGUGGAUUAGCACUUGGCUCUAAUCAAGGUUCAAAGUGAAAGCUGAUUUGUAACAUCAUGCUUUAUUGGGACAACUUGGUUUUUCCUUUUUGGGUGUCCUGGAACAAGAAUAUUUAUCUCUUUUUUUUAUGUACAUUUCUUUUUCUUUUUUGCAAAAGAUUUUGUUUACACUAUCAUUAGGUGGAAAAAAUGUGAAAUGAGAAGAGAGAUACAACGAAAGAGAAAACAAAUAGAUGUGAUAAAUGAUACAAUUGAAGAUAAAAAUACAGAGGUGGAAUGAAUCAUGGUUUUUUUA